AUGGCAGAAGUCGGCCGCAAACGCACGCUGGACGGCGACAUCCCUGCCGCACCCCGCAAGAAGCUGAGGCCCUCGGAGCUGCCUCUCUCGCAGACGCAGCGAACAGCCAUUGACAACCUCGCGCACACGUUUCGCAAAAAGGGACAUUAUGACAGCAUUCGCAAGGACCUGUUGGCGCAGUUUGAAGCCAGUCCUGCCAAAGCCGACCUCCUAGCCGCCCUCGAGGAGCUUGUUGACCGCGAGACCGACCGCAACCCGUCCCUGCUGUCCAAAGACCCCAGAGUCGCCGCCACCCUCAUUGAAGGCGCUGGCGAGCGCAGCGACAUCUACGGCAAGAUCACGCAAACGGUAAACUCCCUGCUCGACAAGUUGAUCAUCGAACAAGGCCUGCCCAAGAUGCGCGAGCACCGUGUACAGGAAGUCGGCGCUGAAGCCGCAGCCGACGAGGAACGGCGCGGCAGCAAGACAGAAGAUCAAUGGGCGCAGGAGGCGGAGGACCGGCGAAAAGAAAGGGAAGCUGUGCUGGAGCAGGAGCGCGAGAGGGAGCGCGAGCGCGAGCGUGCAGAGAAGGCAAAGCGGGAGGAGCGCAAACGUCGCCAAAAGGAAGAAGACGAGGCUCGCGAAAAGGCACGUCGGGAAGAGAAAGAGCGAAGGCGCAAGGAGCGUGAAGAGCAGCAAAAGGAAGACGAAGAGCGUCGACGAAAGAAGAGGGAGCGCAUCGAGAAGGAGGAGGAAGAAGAGCGCGCAAGGAUCAAGAAGGAGAGGGAGGAGCACGAGGCCAACCGAGAAGCUCGUCUCAAAAAGAUCCGCGAAGAAGACCGCGAGCGAGAGAAGCGCCUUGAGGCUGAGCUGAGCCAGAGUCGUCCUGGGCGCAGUCGUGGAACUCGCGCACGUAGCAGGAGCCGCGAUCGAGACCGCGAUCGAGGCCGAGACAGAGACCGUGAACGGGACCGCGACCGUGACCGAGAUAGGCGCAGAAGCAGGAGUCGCACCGUGUCACAAGAUCGCACCGGGUCGAUCAGACCCGAGGACAUCAAAGUGGACGACGAUCUGGCAUUGCAACUACUACUACAAGAGAGUGAGGAGAUGAAAAAGUCAAGACAACGGCCUGCACUUGAUCGGUCUGAGUCGCUCGAGCCACCUCUGAAGAAAGCGCACCCUCCACGGGCACUUGUGCCACGGGAUCCAGUGGCUGCGAGACUCACAAAAUUUGACAGCAAGCCGCAUUCCCCAGUCACCAAAUCGCCAAGCAAGGAGCCCCCAACGCCUACGACACCUGCGCUUGUCAAUAAAGGCGAAGACACCCCUAUGGAAGAUGCACCACCAAUUGGUAACUCGGCAAAGUCAGGAUGGGACCGGCCACCGCCUCUGAAGACCGACAAGUCUCGCGGCCACUCGCGUUCACACAGCGUAGUGCAGAGUGCCAAUGCCAGGAAGCGCAGCAGGAGCCGGUCAAGGUCACGCGGUAGCCGUUAUGACAGGCGAGCCUCUAUCGUUGAAGAUGACCGCCGAUCUCGCCGGGACGACGACAAACGCUCUCACAAGUCCCGGAAUGAUAGCAGACGGCGGGGCCACGAUGAGCGUGAUGACAGGCGCCGUAGCCGAUCUCGAGACACCCACAUCAGCCGCCGCAGAUCUCGAGUUUCACAUAGCCCAGAGCCGCGACAGGAUCGUGACCGUAAAACCUCUCGUUCACGAUCUCGAGGCACGCAUCGAAUUCGCGAACGCUCCCCAGCUCGAAGUCGCCGCCAUCACUCACGCUCGAGGAGCCCCGAGAACAUCGAUAGAUACGUGCCUCGGGGCGGCGAAAAGCGCGACGACAGCCGAGACCGCAAGCGCCCAGACAGCCGUGAACGAAAACGAGAUGACAGCCGAAACCGAAAGCGAGGUGACAGUCGCGAACGCAAGCGUGAUUCUAGUCGACCUCGCCGCCGCGAUGACAGCCGAGACCGUCCACGCAGUUACAGGUCUCGUGAGUAUGAUCGCUGGGAUGCCAGAGACGGGUCUGCCAGGGAUAAUAGGGAGAGUAGGGGCGCUAGAGAUGCUGGCGAGCGUAGCAGUCGUUUUCAGGACUCCGACCGUUACAUACCUGGCAGUACUGGUGACGACGACAAAGAUGCAGACCGUGAUGACAAGCGGGAUCGCAAGGAGAAGGGGAAGGAGAAGAGCAGGAGUAGGAGCAGGAGCAGGAGCAGGAGCAGGAGCAGAAAUAGGGACCGAGACCGAGACCGGGAUAGAGAUACCCGAAGGCGUCGCAGUCGAUCAAGAAGCCGAGAUCGGGGAAGUAGAAGACGCCGUUAG